GUGCGUUCAAAACUGACAUAUUUACAUUUGCAUCUUCAUGCAUUUGUUUGACAUGGGCUCUUCUAGAAUGUGUUUAUUGUUGUUUGGAUUUAAGACACAUUUUAAGUUGCUUCUUUUAUAUAUAUAUAAGGGGGUACACUCUUACAGAUGCACCCCUUAACCAAAAGAACAGAUUAAAAAAUGCAAAACAUUAAAAUUAUAAAUAAGAACAAUUAUAAUAUUCUGUUGUUUUGAAUUCAAUUAUAUUAUUUUCUUGUUUUUUAAUGUAAUAUUUUCUUCAUGCAUGGGAGUUAAAGUGAGGUAUUUUGUCAAGGGUACUCACAAUUAUGAGAGCAACCUUCACUUGUGGCCAUUGCUACAGAUCCUCUUUGGUUACUCCUGCCAAGACUUGAAACAACAACCCACUUCCUAAUUGUUGCAUUUUAUUUAUGUUUUAACAUAUUUAUCUGGUGACCUUUAAUAAUUCAGUUAAAUGAUGAAGAAAUGUCUCCAGAUUGGAGGUCAUGAAUGCGCGCAAAUGCUUGGCUGACUUUGGUGGUCAUGUGAUCCAUCACAGCAGGCAGGACCACUUCCACGCACCAAGUAUUUCCCAGGACGUCUGAAAUGGCAACAGAUGACUUGGAGAAACUUCCUCUCGGAUGAGGAGAUUGGGGACGCAGUACGCACGCACGCUGGUGCCCGGAUUGAAAUCUCUUCAGGAAUGCCUCUUCCCUCCGUUUGUCUUUGAUACACAGACGUUUGGCAGAGAGCACAGAUGGAGUCAGAAGAAAGUAAGAUAUCAGUGUGGGUCUGUCGAGAAGAGAAGCUGGUGCUGGGCUUGACGAAGCGAACCACCUGCGCGGAUGUGGUCAAAGUGCUCCAGGAGGACCAAACGCAGCAGCACGGAGUCUCCAAGGCGCAGCCGUACUGCAUCGUGGAGAAAUGGAGAGGCUUCGAGAGGAUUUUACCAAACAAAACCAAAAUCUUACGCCUUUGGUUCGCUUGGGGGGACGAGCGGAUGAACGUCAGGUUCGUCCUGGUGAAAAGUGAGGCGUCUUUUUCCAAACACGCAGCGCGGAGUUCGGAGGCGCGCGUGGUGCCCAGCAAGCAGAGCCCGCGCGUCACCAAGGGGGGAGCUGCGCGGUCCCCCAUGGGGGGCAUCUCGCCCGAGAAGCAGCGACGGAUAGUCAGGAAAGCCUUCAGAAAGUUGGAGAAGAUGAACAAAAAGAAGACGCGCGCCGCGCAGGGGGACGCGUCAUGCGCAGAGCGGAUGGAGACUCUGGUACAUGUGGUGGUUUCUCAGGACCACACCAUCCGCCAGCAGAUCCAGAGGAUCACAGAACUGGAUGCAGAGAUUGAAAAGUGCGAGGCUAAGGUGCAUUUUGACAGAAUCAAAAGACAUGGGGUUAAUUACGUUCAGAACACCUAUUUGGGUGCUGCUCCAGGCUGCAGCCCAGAGGGGUUCGGGAAGGCUGCAAGUGGGAGUCUGGCUAAGUUAGAGGAGUAUGCGCGCGCGUGCGAGGAGGUGCUUGGCUUGCAGGAUAAACUGUGGGAGCAGGAGGCUAUCAUCGACCAAAUCACAGCUGAGAUCCAGGAGGAGCUGAACCAGCGCUGGAUGCAGAGGAGGAAGGAGCUGCAGAGCAGGAGCAGCCGGGGAUCACCGGCCUCAGAGAAUGACUCGUUCGUGGAGGAAGACAGGAUCAAAACGCAACUAGAUGCCAGUUUAUACAUCGGUCUGCGCCUCAACGCGGAUUUAGAAGCUAUUAGGAGCGAUUUAGGGCUGUCCCAGCAGAUUUGCGCGGAGAGGGAGAAGGAAAUGAGGGAUUUGCUGGAGAAAGUGAACAGUUUGGAGGUGGAGGAGGGGCUGCUGGGUGAUGGAGAGAGAUGCAGCCACGGGACAGACGAUAAGAAGAAGUUGAUGAGCACUUUGGAGAGCAAAGGCGGGUGGGUGGAGCAGGCCAGAGGGCUGUCCAAAGACCACAGUGUGAACGACGAGGAUUCAGACACUGGCUUAAGUUCUCUGCACAGUCAGGACUCAGACAGCCUCCCUGUGUGGGAAUCACUGGUUUAGGAUUUGACUUUUCCAUAAAAAAAACAAAAGGAAAGCAAUCUCAGGGAUGAUAAAGAAUAAGCAAUAACCCAUCCAUCAUCUUUAUAAUACUUUAAUCAUGAAAAAAUAAACUUUUGUUCCCUAAAGAUGCUUAAAGACCUAAUAUUUUGUGCUUAUUUUGUCACAAAAAUGCCCAUUAAUAAAAGACUAGAUGCAAUUUCUAGCAUUCUUCUUUUGUUUUUGCAGUUCUGGGGAAAACAGAGGUGUUGGGGCAAACAUUAUUAUCUCAGCUUUCACACUUUCCCAGACACAAUAACAAAGUCGCGACUUAUUGUGAACCACUGAGCCAAAAUAGAGGAAUCAAACGGAAGCAGAAAUGUCUCCUGAGCCCUCAAUCACACACUUCUAUCCUAAAAAAAGAAAACAGACAGGGGCUGGAUAUAUGGGCAAUGGAGGGUAGUGCCCCCUUAAAUGCUGUAACUGUACCCCCAAUGUGAUGGGCCGCAGAUAUCCAGAAUUAAUGAUAGAAAUAAAAAUUACACACACAAAAAAAGCAAAAGCCAAUAAAUAAAAUAAAAGACAAAAAAAGUUAGGACAGAGAUGGACAAAUGAAGAGACAGACAUAAAAAAGGAGGAAACCCCUCCCAGUUACUGAGAGCUCUGUUUACUUGCUCUCCUGCCAAAGGGGGAAAAAAAUUUAAUCCUAAAAAAAAAAAAAAA